GCUGACAGGAAGUGAAGUCACCGCGACGGUAGCGGCAGGGCUGCGCGAGUUAGCGCGAGUUAAAGCGAUUUUAUUUGAUUAAAGUUGACUUAUUAAAGUGAUUUAAUCCAUCACAGGUCAUUAAUCAGCUCAGGAGUGACGCGGAGUCAUCAGACGAUACAGAUUGAAAGCGUGAUCUGGAUGGACUCGAAUGCUGAUUAUUUAUCAUGUUCAGUGAAUGUGCAGUGACUCUGGUCUGACUCGUUGGUCUUAAACGAACACAAUCCGGUCCGCAGCAGUCAUGUCUCUUCCGGAGGAAGCAGGGGAUCGUGGGAAGGAGCGGGAGCGCGGUGCACGGCCCAAAGUGCGUCAGAGCCGCUCAGAGGAGAGACGAGACGGAGGGAGGCAGAAGGGAGGGAGAGGGAAGAAGAAGAGCCACCUGUCCCAUGACCUGACCUCGGAGCGGCCCUUGAGCGACGGCUUCGAGUACGGGGACCUUCUGAACGAUUCCAGCGAAUCCCUGCUCUCCGAACGGGUUUCCGCUGAGGACACGGAGAGCAAGGCGUCCGGAAGCAGCAGGACGCUCCGCCAGAAGAUCCAGGACGCAGUAGGCCAGUGUUUCCCCAUUAAAACCCACAGCCAAGUCCUGUCCCCUUCGCCGUCCUCCAGGCGUAAGAUCCACCUCAGCGAGCUCAUGCUGGACAGCUGUCCGUUCCCCGCUGGCUCGGACCUGGCACAGAAGUGGUACCUCAUCAAACAGCACACGGCUCCCAUCUCUCAAGCUCCGGUCCUAGACUCCGGACCCACGCUGGUCUGCGCCGCUGUGGAGGACGAGGACGACCGCUUACGAGAGAGACGCCGGAUUAGCAUCGAGCAGGGAGUCGAACCUCCACCCAACGCUCAGAUACACACCUUCGAAGUGACGGCACAAAUCAACCCGCUGUACAAGCUCGGACCCAAACUAGCUCCGGGGAUGAAUGAGUUAGCCGGAGACGAGCGCGCUACACUGCUCCUGCAGAGAUGUUUGGACACGCUCGAUGAAGUCGUGGCAUCCUCGUCAUCAGAUUUUGAUCUGUGUGCCGCAUCUCCGCCUCUAGUUCAGCCGGACAGUCCUAAAUCACUCGACGGAUUCCAUCGCAUCCACACGCAGAUCGAUUACAUCCACUGUCUAGUCCCCGAUCUGCUCCGGAUCACUAACCUGCCGUGCUACUGGGGCGUCAUGGACCGAUACCAAGCCGAAACACUGCUGGAAGGCAAACCCGAAGGAACGUUCCUCCUGCGUGACUCUGCUCAGGAAGACUACCUGUUCUCGGUCAGCUUCCGGAGGUACGGACGCUCGCUGCACGCAAGGAUCGAGCAGUGGAACCAUAACUUCAGCUUCGACGUGCACGACCCCAGUGUGUUCCACGCUCCCACCGUCACCGGUCUGCUGGAGCACUAUAAAGACCCCAACUCCUGCAUGUUCUUCGAGCCGCUGCUGUCGAACCCCAUCCACCGCUCGCAGCCCUUCAGCCUGCAGCGCAUCUGCCGCGCCGUCAUCAGCAGCAGAACCUCGUACGACGGCAUCAAUGCUCUGCCGCUGCCCAGCGCUCUGAAGGAGCACCUGAAGGAGUACCACUACAAGCAGCGCGUGCGCAUCCGCAGACUGGACACCUGGUGGGAGUGACCGCGGACCAGACCGGACGAGUGUGUCAGACGAUUAAUCACGAUUAAUCACAUGCAGAGUACUAGUUUUUGUUUGCAAAAUAUACAGUCAAUCCAAAAAUUAUUCAGACAAUAGAUGGUUUGGUUUGACUGUAUGUGUGUGUGCCAUGCAUGUUUAUUAUGUAUAUAUAAAAACACAUGCAUGUGUAUGUAUUUAAGAUAAAUAAGUUGUUUAUAUAUUUAUAUAAGAAUAUAAAUGUAUAUACAUGUAAAUAUUUUCAAAAUGUGUUCUGUUUGUGUGUAUUUAUAUAAACAUAAUAAAUAUACACAGAACACACACAUAUAUUAUGUAAACAAAAACUUCUUUUUGGAUGCGAUUAAUCACGAUUGAUCGUCGGACUGCACUCGACCGGAAGUGCCACGACGCCUGAUAUGAAGACGUGAGUGCCUUUCUGACGCUCCUCAUUUUGAGGUUUAAACGCUGUUAGCUCGUCUUCUCGAUGUUGGCAGUUCGUCACGGAGUAACACCGAAUCAGCAAGCCUUUCUUAUUUUAGUGUUGCAUUUGGGAGUUACGACCUGUUCACAACAAAAAUGAUAACUAUAACGAUCACUUUAAUGAUUAUUAUCGUAGACUUUAAAGUUGAUUAUAACAAUAUAAUGUUAACUAUAAAGUUGAAUAAAAUAGACUUUAACGUUGUCUCUAAUGUUGAUUUUAACAAUAUAACCCUAACUAUAAUGUUGACUAUAAUGAUAUAGCAUUGACUGUUGAAUGUCCAUUUGUAUAUGCUAUUAGGCAACAUUUUAUUCAGACAGUUUAUUAAUAGACAUUUUUUUAAAAGUUUCUCUUGGAAUAAUUUUCUAAAUUUUAUGGUACAUUAAAUAGAAAAAAUCUAGUUUAUUGUUACUGUUGCCAUAAUUGUUAAAUUAAGUAUAUAUAUGUAUGUAUUUUUUUGUACGUUGGAGGUUUUUAAGAUAAAAUUGUUACAUUAUUGUAAACGAGGAAUUGAAAUGAUAUUGUCAUUAUUAUAAAACCGUUGAUUUUGCCAUGGAUAUAGCCAUUCCUGCUGAUUAAAUUUGUGUUAAACUUAAAAACAAUUAAUAAUGUUAACUAUAAAAUUGAUUAAAACAAUGUAGCGAUGACUGUAACAGUGAGUAUAGCAUUGACUAUAUUGAUAAUUAUACCGAUGGCUAUAACGCUGACUGUAAUGUUGACCGUUACAACAAUUAUUGACCAAAUGUUGACCAUAACGAUAAAUAUUAAGUAAAGUGAUGACUGUAACCAUGACUAUUGUUAAAUAUAACAACAGUCAUAACUAUAACACACAUGUUAAUGUUACUUUUAUUCUAAGUGCAUACCGUCUCUUUAAAAUCUUAAGAUCUUUAAAGUCAGUGGAUUCUGAUUGGCUGUAAAUGUUUUUAUCAUUCAUCAGCUGAACAAGAACACACAAUGUCCAGCACAAAUGCUCCUCUGUAUCGUUAUCGGUGUAGUUAUAGUUAUCGGUAUCAUUAUCGGUAUCAUCAUUAGUAUCGGUAUCAUUAUCAGUAUCCUUAUCUGUAUCAUUAUCGAUGUAGUUAUCGGUAUCAUUAUCAAUAUCGUUAUCGGUAUAGUUAUCGUUAUCGGUAUAGUUAUCGGUAUAGUUAUUGUUGUUUAAUGCAGCAGGUUGGGUUUCUUCUGUAUGGAGUGAAACUACAGUGCAGUGUGGAGUUUGAAGAGGCAUAUGGAACAGUUCCUCACGCUAGACGAUGUCAGCUCUUGAUCUUUCGUUCAUAACGUCAGCCACUUAUUCCAGACACGUAUCCGCUGCAUGCUAACGCCACUGGAGUACAUUACACUGGAGAACUGCUGCUAAUGGAGCGUCUCAGUAUCAUCUCUAUCGACCCUGCACUCCUCUUCACUCCCAAGAGCCCAGUAUGCUCACCAUUCACACUCAGAAUGCAUGUCUGCUCUUUUAAUCACAGCAUACGUCACAGACAGAUAUGCUUCUGCCACAUGAUGCUUCAUUCAGAAGUGGAUCAUUUCACCAAAUUUUGAGCCUGUAGACGGUAGAACAGAUCUAAUGCACAGUACUGCAGAUCUCGAUUUAUUCUCAUUGACUCAUCACGUCUCGUUUAGUGUAAUAUGAGAGCUUGGACAUGAUUUGAUUGGGGAAUGACAGGAUUCUGGAUUCUCUGAAUGCUGAGGGCUGGUUUUUCCAUCUGGACGUCAGAGAUGUAUUGGAGAAACGCUCCAAACACUCAAUCACACAUUCAUUCAUUCAUUCCAAAGCAUUGAUUUUGUUUUUAAUGUUCAUUUACUGUAUCGCGUUGUGAUUCCACUCGAGGCAUGUUUUAGUGGUUUAUUUUAUCUAGAAACCAAAUAUCUAAACUACUGAACCCCAUUGAAAACAACUGAGACGAGCGAGACAUCUAUGAUGUUAGAAACACUUGUGAAACUUUGUGAAAAUGUCAAAGAUGUUCCAGAAGCUGCAGCAUUGAAUCUUAACUCAAAGGGGCCAAACGCCAUGUGUUUGGAGACUAAACGAAAUCAGAGUCCGCUGCAGUGUGAUUAAACAACUGUUAGCAUAUUUAUAACAUUAUCCUGCCGUCUCUGUUGGGAUCUUUUUUAUCAGUCUGGAUUGAUGUGAAGCACAGUGAGUGUGUUUUUUUUUGUGUGUGUGUCGACAGUUUACCGUGAUUUCCAGAGGACCAUCAUGAAUGUCACAAACUUCUGUUGUUAAAGCAGCUUGCCUUGUUUUUUUAGGUUUUCUUUUUUUACACUGAUAUUAAUUUAUUUUCUACAUUAAGGCUUGUCUAAUAUGCUUAGCAUUUUUUCACAUGUGUUUCUCAUAUAUAGUAUAAAGCCAAGUGUCAAUAAUUUUAUUGCUGUGUAUGGUGUAACAAAAGCACAUAUUAAUAAACUAUGUUGGAUCUUUAA